GUCUUCCUCGCUCCGCAGAACUUGCGGCAAUUUGGAAUCGAUUCUUCCUACCACGAAGACGAAGUGGUGGGGUCAACCAAGAUAAGGUUGAAUUUUCGUGUGAUUCGAGAGUGAAGCGCUUGUGACCAAGAAAACUCCGGUCGAAAAACACAAAAUCAGAAAAUAAUAUUCUUCACUUAAUUUGAAGUGUAUUUUAUUUGAAAGUUACUGAAAAUUAUUCUCCAAAUUGCCCACAGAACCUGUAAUUGCGAGAAACUCGAUGCUCACCAAAGAUGAUUUUUAAGGGCCUCAUCAGAAUGGCUGAUUUAUCAAUUGACAACAUUUUUUGCUUUAAACCUUUGUUUACGCACAAUAAUUGUCUUGUGAUUGUAGUCUUAAACUAAAGAGCCAUUCUGUCUAUGAUUAAUAGCAAUUAUAAUAUAAUAAUAAUAUAACUAUUACAUAGUAAAAAUAUAUAUGGUAAAAAAGUAAACAAUGAUUUAGACGAAGAUAUGGGACAUAAGACAUUUGCCUUAAAAUUACAAGCCAGCCAUUCUGCCAAGGUUCUAGCCGCGAUGAUUGGUCUUCGAGUUCAAGAAAUUUACAUACAUUGAAGUGUACGAAGCGUACGUACGAGAUUCUCACGUUUCGGUAUAUGUAAUUUUCUCGAACUAAGUGCAGCCAGUUCAGCUGUAAAGAACAGACCAGUUAGUUCUAUUCUGUGACCUUUAACAACAGUUUCGUUAUCGUUGCGCAGGUAAUAACAGAAAAGCUGCGCAACGACAAUCUAGGCUAGCGAGGAAAUGACAGAAUAUGGCUACGUGCAUCUCAGUCCCGGAUCGUCCGAAUAUUCCGUGCGAGACCUUUCAAACGGCACUUUCGCAUCGUCGUUUCGCGCCACUCUACCCGGCGACAUUGUACGCUCGACCAAUUAAAUAUGCAAUACGCGCGAUUUAACGUAAUUACUCACGGCCGGUACGGCUGGAAGUCGGCGGCACGAGCUGCGGCAGCGACUCGGCUCGUCGCUGCUCGGCGGGAACGCGAGUGUCGCGCGCGUGGCGAAAUUCAAACAUUCCCGCGGCGCGCGCGCGUGGAACGCAGGCGUGCCAACGCACUCUCGUUCUGCCUAGCGGCGUAUACCGCGCGUUCUCCUGUACGUUACGUUGCGUCAUAUUGCGCACCCGUGUCCCCCCCGGAAUCAGUGUCGCGAAUCUCGUUUUCGAAGCGAGCGGUCCCCCGCACGCACACACAUGUCGCGUCGCGAAAUCAAAUCAUCGGCCCGGGAAGCGACAGUCUAUGUAACAACGCGCGCCGCGCGAGUACCGUCGUGCGUACGUCGUGCGCGAUCAUCGGCCGCCGCCGUCGCGGCGUGCGUGCCCGCGUCGUCAUCGUCGCCACUACUACCACCGUCGUCGUGCCCGUUGUUGUUGUCGUCGCCGUCGCCACUGAUGUCGGCCCCGUGCGUGUCUGUGCGAGCUCGGUAGGUCAAAAUGGCGUGAACCGACCGUGCGAUUUUAAGGUUAUCUUCACUCGUGGUGGGUCCCACCGCGCGGCGGGGCCGCGUACGCCCGGAACGUUGCUCGUCACCGGGUGUCUCUUCUGAGCGCGAGUGUAACUCCCGCGUCUCAUCAUUAACAACUUUCGUCUCGUAUCGUGGUCGUCCACGACGACGUCCACGUUCCACCACGUAUACGUAUCCGCGUUUUCAGUGCCGCGAGUUAUAUGAGUUAUGAGGACGGAAUGCCCGCAGGCAGUAACGGUCGUAUCCGCGGUUACCCAGCGCGGAUGUCCGAGCGGCAACAGCUCGCGCUAAUCUUGCAAAUGACUUCUCAGGAGAUGUUACCAGGAGGAACUCGUUCGGAAAAUACAAGUACAACAAACACCACAUCGUCGAGAUCGUCAUCGUCGGCGUCAUCGUCGUCGUCGUCAUCGUCGUCGUCGUCGUCGUUACAGCAACAGCGUGGUGCGAAGGGUCGCUGGUCCAAUAAAAAUGGAGAGUCUCCCGUUCAGACGUCGAUCAAUCGCAAGGAGGACUUUCGUGUGCGGCAGAUUCUCGUGAACGGCUACGAUAUAAACGCCUCCAAGGAAACAAAUGGAACAGACAUUGCAGGCGCCGCCGGCUCGCCACCUGACGAGAGUGCAGCCGCCGCUCCUGACAGCCCGUGCUCUCCUGCCGAGAUCGCCGUACCACCACAAGCGGCGUCAUCGGCCGCUUCAGCAGCGCCGUCGAGCGAGCAGCAAGAGCAGCAGCAACAGCCGCCGCCGCAACAGCAGCCGCUCUACCAACAGCACAACACCCAGUACCAACAGCAGCAACGCGCAGCCGGGAGUGCCGCAGCCGCUGCACCGCACGUCGCCGAGGACAGUGGAGCCCCCUGUGAAAUGCGGAGGACACCACCGCAAAAUAAAGUCGACAGAUCGGGAACCGGGCAGUCUGGAAGCUCGCCGAGGGUGACGCUCCGGCUCAACCAGGUGCGAGGCACGAGGGAUGAGAAGAAAGGAGGGGGUGGUGCUGCGAACUCCCGUCAGGGCGGCAUGAGCGCACAGGGUCAAGGUCAGAUGGAGACUUCGUCGAAGACGCCGGCCAACAGCGCGUCGUCGGCGGGCGCGAAUGCCGGUUCCGGCAGCACGUCGUCCGGCAACGCGUCGGCCUCGUCCGCCGACAGCGGUGACGUCUACGAGUUCAAGAGCUCGAAGGAGCCGACGCCGGUGAGGGGCGCGAGCUCGUCGCCGAAUCCGGACAAGGAGAAGGAUGGUGGCAAGCCCUCGAGUGGCUCGCAGGGUAGCCAGGUAUCCGGCGGUAGCAGCGGCGGCGGUGGCGCGUCCGCCGCAGCCGGUGGCUCGUCGACGUCCACUGGCGAGACGACGACGGCGCCGCUGAGCACCGACGAGGCCGCCGCCGCCGCCAGCACCACGUCGCCGUCCACGAAGCGAGCCUUCGAGGGUGACAACGCGGACGAGCAGGACGAGGAGAACCGUCGCAAAAAGCGAAAGGAGUCCGAGAAUGCGAAGGAGAACACGAAGGCUGGCGCGACGGGCCGGCAGAGCGCCGGUAGAAAUGCCGCUGGUGCCAGUGAGAAGUGCACAAAGCCGGGCAAACAAGGAUCCGGGAACGCGUCCGGCAAGGGUAAUCAAAGCGCGAGUUCCAUCAACGCGGACAGGAAGAGUCCCAGUACCUCUUCGAUGGCGAGUAGCCCGAAACCUUCGAGCACCCCCGGCUCGACGAACACGAAGACCGGCACUCCGGCGUCGACGGAGUCCGACGGCGAGGAGGAUCGAUCGAAGUGUUCGGAUUCGAAUUCCGCUCCGAAAGUGCCGCCUCUGAAGAUCGUCAUUCCGCAGAGCACCACGUCGGAGCAGGAACAGGGCAACCGGAACGGCAAGAACACGGCGAGCAGGAGCCAUCAGUUGCCGUAUGUGGUCGCCAGUUCGAACAGCAACGACUCGACGACGGAUAAAGAUCAGGGUCAGUCGGCCAGCGGAACGACCAGUCCUACAGAGGGUGGCGUCAGCGUGAAAACGGAAGACAAGAAGGACUUCAGCGGGGCUCUGCACGGGGAGGAAAGGUCGACUCACCAUCAAAGAGUUCUGAGAAGUUCGCACAGAACUGGGAAUGGCGGUAACGGCACCGCAGCGCCAAAGGAAACCACGCCUUCGUCGGGCAACGGAAAUUACUCCAACUCGUCGCCUUUACCCGUCAACACUGCGGCAGACCGUUCGAACAAUUCCUCGCCGCAGCAAACGAGGCAUCACUCGCCGACGCCGGAGACAACCGGAUCCGACGCCGGUAAAUCCAGUUCGUCCGAGUCCGCGAGCACGGGAACCGUCUCCAACAAAUCCAGCGCGACCGUAGAGAAAUCGGAAAAGAGCACGGACGCUCCCGGGAAGAAUCAGAAGGACAGCGGCAUAGAAGUCUCUGACAAUUCUUCGAGCAACGCUCCAUCGAACGCGGCGUCUAACGCGAGCACGCCGGCACCGCCUGUUGAGCUUCAUCCCAGGAAAAGGAAAAUGAAGCCCAGCAAGGAGGCGCAGCAGGCUGCGGCUACCGCCGCCGCGAAUGAAGCGGCCGAAACUACCAGCACAGGACCGGAAGUUCAUCCGCACGAUCAACCCAUCACCAAUUGUUACCAGUUGUUUCUCAAUAUCAGAAAGCAGAUCGAGAGAAGACGGAAGGGUCUGUUUCCAGUUCAGCCGAAGCCUCCUCAAGGCUUCAAGGACUACCUGAUGAAUCGCUGUACAUACGUAUUGGCUGGAAACGCGAAAGAGCCGAAUGUUAACCCACCGGUUGGUCUCCACGGAGCUAUGAAGGAUUUGUACAUCGAUCAGGAAAAGGAACGGUAUCACCUGAGGAUGCAACACGUGGUCGAGAAGGAGAAAUUGGUCCUGUCGGUGGAGCAAGAGAUUCUUCGGGUACAUGGUAGAGCGGCCAGGGCGCUCGCCAAUCAGUCCCUUCCCUUCUCCGUCUGCACGAUCCUCAAAGACGAAGAGGUUUACAACGUAAUUACUCCCGAACAAGAAGAGAAAGAUAGGAACGCAAGAAGCAGAUACAACGGGAGAUUGUUCUUAAGUUGGCUUCAAGACGUGGACGACAAGUGGGAAAAGAUCAAGGAGGGUAUGGUGAUGAGACAUCACAACGAGGCGGAAUCGCUGCACGCCGUUCAGCGGAUGCACUGGGAGUGGAAGUUGAAGGAGGUCGGACUGUGCGAAUCUAAGACGACUCCGCAGAUAGAAGACGUUCACGUGCCGAUAGUGCACGUGUCAGACGACUUCGAUUUAUUGCCAGCUUAGUGCGCGAUAUACGACCGCUACAAGCCAGCCUUUUCUCUCAUACGUCUUCGGAGCCUCGAAGACGACGGCUUUAAUCUGUGAUCUCUCUUUAUCGAUGUAUGCACUGUGCGCUCCUAUGCUCGUUACAGAUUUCUUGCAUUGUAAACUGAAUUUCACCGCGCGACACAGUGAAUUCCGUGAGUGCAUAUUACAUGAUAAUUUAAACAUAUUCAUUACGUUAAGAUGCCGCUUCGCUCGGAUCGGAGAAUGUCGGUUGCAUCCGGUUUUCCGAGCCGUCUGUUUUAGACGAUCUAUAACUCGAGAAUUCGGAGCAAAACUAUUUACCGUUUCGUGCUUUUCAUUUGACGUAGAAAUCGCUUGUAUUUUUAUAUAUAAUACUCGCAUUUGUAAAUUUAAACGAUUCUUUUUCAUUCAGCGUCUGUUCAACCGGCGAAUUAUAGAUCAUCUAGAGCGUGUUUAGGGUAACAAAGGAAAGAUAAAAGACAAUCUGAGGCUAUUUUUGUGAAGUAGUUGGAAGUUUUACUAAGAGACACGGUAGCGAUUUAACAUUUGACAGAUUUGUAAUCUCUCUUGGAUUACAUGCUACAACUGGAAAUUAAAGAGAACAUUUCUUUGACAAAAUAUUGACGUUAUUUCUACUGUCGAGACGAUCAAAACUGUGUUGCACGUACAUGUGGUUUCCGCGGCGAAAGAAUCAAAUUGAGAUAUCGACGAAAUCAUAUUAAUGACAGCGUAUAUUUAUUUGUGGCGAUUCUUAAGGAUUCUGUGAAAUCCUCAAAACGAAUGACUGUAACGUCGAGGAACAUCUCAAAUUAAGCUAAGUCUGACCGGUUUGGUAACCUCGCAUUUGUUUGAGUAUCCUUCGGAUAAUUUUUACUUUCCUAGAUCGGUCCAAUCCGCGGGAACCGAAGACACAACCGCAGAAGUGCACUCUUGAACUUUCGGUAUAAUUUAUGUUCAGUAAGAAGACUCGCGUCAAGUGCAACUUGUUAUUACUGCGCUGACAAAUUUGCAGGAGAAUGAAGUUCAUACUAUCUCGCAUCUCAACAAUCCUGGUACUGUAUCUCUCAGUACACACCAUUUUCCAUAUAGCAUUACAAUGUAAAUAUUUUGUAAUUAAUGAUUCGUAGAGGAGAGGAAGAGAAUAA